ACGGCUUGCGCAGCUCACACCGCCUCACACUCGCUUUUCGCCCGUCCCUUCUCGCCUUACGGCCACCGUCCCCUCAUGUCUCGUUCACCACCAAGCGAUGCGAACGCGCCGCUGACGCUGGAGGACGUGCCGCCUCACGCUCCACCGGUCGCCCGUCUCUUCUCGCCCCCUCAGGUCUCGUUCACCACCAAGCGAUGCAAACGCGCCGCCGAUCCUCGAGGACGUGCCGUGCCCCCUCACCCUUUGCUUUUCGCCCGUCUCUUCUCGCCUUACGGCCACCCUCCCACUCGUGUCUCGUUCACCACCAAGCGGUGCAAACGCGUCGCCGACGCUCGAGGACGUGCCGUGCCGCUCACGCUCUGCCGGUCGCCCGUCUCUUCUCGUCUUAUGGCCACCCACUCCCCUCGCGUAACCUUCAUCACCACGCGGUGCAAACGCGCCGCGUUCUUUGUUCUCCAUCACCACCUGACCCGCGCCCAACUCUAUCUUGCAGGCCUGCCCCACCCGCCGCCACGCCUGCACCGGAUGACCGCCACUCACGAGCGCGAGGACCUAUGCAAAAUUCGGCCACCCGUCAUCGGCGGCACAGGAGGAGGCCGGCGUGCAAGGUGACGAGCGAACGGAUAGCCGCCUCGAUGACGUGCCCACCGUCCUCACUCAUCUGCACGCUCAACCGCUCUCGCAUCACCCGUCGCAGUACAUGGUCAUCCCGCGCACGCGUCAUCGUUCACAAUCCCCUGAUAGACGCGAACGUGCAUACCAUCUCGACGUGCCACCCAACCAUGUGCAUUAUAGGGAAUUCUUGAAUUCAAUCGCUGAAGGUGAGGGUAAGGGUUGCCAUAUAAGGAAAUACAUUUAUAGCCAUCAAUAUUG